CCUCUCCCUCCCGCCCCCUCCGCCCAAGGAAGGGAGGAAGUGUCCUAGACGGGAGGGGGACGCGAGGCCUGUCGGGGCGGUGGAGGAGUUGAGGCUUCGGCUCCCUGCAACGCGGAGGACGGCUUUGGGUCUCUUGCUCGCUCUCUACACGCGUCUUGUGCUGGAGCCAGGGAGGUGUCGAAGCGUCUACGCCGAGGAUUAUAUUAUAUUAUAAUAUAUUUAUAUUAUAUCCCACCACUCCGUGUUAGGCGUUCAUUUGUCGAUGGUGAUGAUGUUGCUGCCAGUAGCUUUCGUUACCAAACUCGGUUGGCAAGGCAUUGGGGAUAUGAGUUAGGAAAACAGAAGCGGAACUCUUCUGCUCUUUAGGGACGGGCAAAUUGAAGCUUGCAAAAUGAACGAAAGCAUAACGUCAGCCGACAACAAUAACACAGAUGAGGAGGGAAAAGACUUUGCUGACAGCUUUAACCAGCUUGAGCUCCUGGAAACCCACCGGCAUCUCAUCCCUAGAGGAACUCAGAGUCUUUGGUCUGGAGAUUCUGAUGAGGAAGACCAGGAAGAAAAAACAGAGGAAUGGUACCAGGCUCAAGAGAAAAAGUUGGCCAACACCCCAGAUAAGCUUCUGCUUUGGGCAGCUGAAAAAAAUAGGCUUAGCACGGUGCAGAGGCUCUUGUCUCAAAACCUCGUGUCUAUCAAUGUCCAGGAUGAAGAUCAGUACACUCCUCUUCACCGCGCUGCCUACAAUGGACACAUGGAAGUGGUGCGUGAGCUGAUCGCUCAUGGGGCAGAUAUCCAUGCACUGACCGUGGAUAGCUGGACACCUCUGCACAGCGCGUGCAAAUGGAACAACACCAAAAUUGCCUCCUUCUUGCUCCAGCAUGGGGCAAAUGUCAACGCUCAGACCAACGGGUUGCUUACGCCUCUGCACUUGGCAGCUGGAAACCGAGAGAGCAAGGAAACCCUGGAACUGUUACUCAUGAAUCGAUACUUAAAGCCAAAUCUCAAAAACAACUUGGAAGAGACGGCUUACGAUAUCGCUCGCAGGACUGAUAAAUACCACUAUCUGUUUGAAAUCGUCGAACACUGCACAAACUCCAUCACAGAUUCUUAGGAAUUGUAUACCUAGCCCACACGGCCCAUGCGCUUUAAAGAAAUCUAUUUUGUCAUUGCAUUCCCAGCUCUUUGCGUCAUAACUUAGCAGGGGCUAAAAUGAGGCUCCGUUGAGUAACACUGACAUUAUUUUUAUAAGAUAAGUUAUAUGUCUAUGGGAGAACCACUUGUCUGAAGUGGUGUAGGGUUUCCUGCCUAAGCAGGGGGUUGGACUAGAAGACUUCUAGGUUCUUUUCCAACUCUGUUAUUCUCAAUCAUCCAGGUCAUGAUUGUCCCAGAGGUGUUUUUUCCCCCCCAAAAGACAACUGGACUUUCUUGAUCUUCCCCACUCUUCUGAAAAUGUUUUGCUUCUCAUCCAACAAGAUUCUUCAGUUCUGAACUUCUUGAAUGGAGAAGGGAAACAUUUUUAAAAGAAAAAUAAAACCAGGAAAGUCCAAUUGCCUUUUGGAAUAAAGCACCAUUUGGGAUAAGAAUAAGCUAUGCUACCCUUGUGGAAUGUUUUCACUUUAACUUGAAGAAACAUGGUUAUUUUGCUGCUUUCCCCAGCCAUUGUAAAUGGAAAUCAUUCACCGAGCCACAAAGUAACAUGUAAAUAUUCAGCUUGGAGAGGAGCAACACUGUUCAAAUCAUUGGCACCUCCUUUUUAAGGUGUGUGAAGUUUUAACGAGACUUACCUGGUGACUGAUAAUUUUCAACAGAGAAGAGCAUGGAAUUUAAACUAUUGCCAAAACCUGGGGUAUUCGCACACAUAUCAAAGAUAGCAGCUGCCAAAAAAAUAGAGCUACCUGGUUAAUAAUGUGAUGGGAUUAAGAUUUCCAAAAUCUACUUCAGUAUCUGUAUAAGAUAUACCUGUAUCUAAUUCCUUAGUUGCCACACAUUAACAUUUUAUGUUCUCAGGUUUUGCUUUUGAAAGUGACAGUAUGGUUGCCUAUGCGUAGAAGUGUUUUGUUUACAUUUUUAUUGAUCAGGUUUCUGAGUUCAAGUUAACUGAGUUUUUAAUUAUUUUAGAACUUCAUUAUCAGAAUUGCCAAUUAAUAUGUCCAAUGGUCAUUGCAAUUGCAGCACAUUCAGAAGUCAACAGUUUGGUGAAAGUUGUUAUAGGUCUUUGAUAAAUCACAUUUAAUUGUUCAGCUUUUAAAAUGGUGUUCCUUCAGUAUCGCUGCGUUUCACAAACUCUUGGUAGUAAUAUUUCAAAGUUAUUUUCAGCAGCAGAAAACCCUACAGCUGACUGGUCCAAAGAUUGCUUGGAAGUACCUUAUUGUACAUCUGCUUGCCUUCUUAAAUUAUGUUUUGAAUUUUUGGAAAACUUUGGGUUGUCAUUCAGAAAUGAUCUCUGAAAUUUAUUCACAGAUGCAUGAAAAACCAUUAUGCAUUUGGUUCACCAGCUCUGAAGACAGUUAGGGCUGGUUCACAUCAUUGAUACACUUGAGGUUGAAAAAAAAGUACUCAUUUUCAAUUUCUCUGCAUUGUACCUGAUAAAAAUUACAUCACUCUUUCAUGAGAUUUUAUCUGCAUGUUUGUGGUUAUGUACAGAAUGUGAAGCAGCAUUUGUGUUUGUGAAAUGAAGAGUGGAAAAUGUGCUGAGUGUGGGAAUUACAAUUGAGCUUUCUGCUAAAAAUGAUGAGUUUCUUUUGCUGCAGUUCAAAUUUCUCCUGUGCACGCCGUCUGCUACUUUGAAUGCCUUGUGUGAACCAGCCCUCACCUAAAAAAUAAAAUCCCGGUAAAUGUGGGAUUUGUGUGGCUUGCUGUAGCAUGAUGUACUUUCGCUGUAAAAUUAGUUGUUUUGAUUCAUUAAAGUUAUUUCUGAAUAAGUGA